UCCGAGAAUCUUGUCUAUUAUAUACCCUGCGACCGAUGCUCAUUUCUUUACAUUGGUGAGACUGGACGAAACCUCAGGAGUCGUUUCAGCGAACAUCUACGAAGUAUACGCAACAACACUCCUGGGUUUCCUGUGGCCCAACAUUUCAACUCCACUGGCCAAAGUAUUUCUUUUUGUCUAAGUGCGUGGUGUGGCGUUAUGUGGUGGUACUAACAUUUAACGAAAGUAGCGUUAGAUGCGGUUGAUUUUCCAACGGGGCAACGUUCAGCCUAAAGGACUAAAUAUCAAUUUCAGUUUUACUUGA